CCCAGGCUAACAACUCGGGCUUCCGCUGGCUUGAGACUCGGCUGGGCAACAAAAUGGCUACUCACGUCUUGUUCGAGUCGUCUUCCGGCUAUGCGAUAUUUGAGGUCAAGCUCAAGGAGGAGAUAGGCGCUCGGACCAAGGCCAUCCAGGAUUCCAUGGACGACUUGGCAAAAUUCAGCAAAAUGGUCUCGCUGAUUAGUUUUUCGCCGUUCAAAAGUGCGGCACAUGCCCUGGAGAAUGCAAACGAUGUUUCCGAAGGCCUGGUCAGCGAAUACCUCCAGUCGCUGCUGGAGCUCAACCUGUCCAAGCCUGCAAAGAAGUCCGGUAUCAAGCUCGCAGUAGCCGACCCAGGGUUGGCCGCGUCCAUCAAGGAGACGUGCAAGAUUGACUGUGACACGUCCGAGUCCUCGCAAGAGCUCAUCCGCGGCGUCCGUCUCCACGCCGGCAAGCUGCUCAAGGGCAUGCAGGACGAAGACAUAAUCAAGGCUCAGCUAGGCCUUGGGCACUCGUACUCGCGCGCGAAGCUGAAGUUUAAUGUCAACAGGAUUGACAACAUGAUCAUCCAGGCCAUCGCGCUGCUCGAUCAGCUCGACAAGGAUGUGAACCUGUUCUCGAUGCGCAUAAGGGAGUGGUACGGGUACCAUUUCCCGGAACUGGUAAAGAUCGUGCCCGACAAUUACCAGUAUGCACGAGCUGCGCAGUUCAUUGGGGAUAAAGACAAACUGGACGAGGAGAAGCUCCAUGACCUCGCCGCCAUCCUGGACGACGACAUGACCCGCGCGCAGAACGUCCUGGAUGCCGCGCGGGGAUCCAUGGGCGCAUCUCUCUCCGAGAUCGACAUGCUCAACAUCAACAUCUUCGCUACCCGUGUUGUGUCUCUUGCCGAGUACCGGAAGGAGCUCACGGACUACCUUUCCGAGAAGAUGAACCAGGUAGCCCCUAAUCUGACUGCCCUCCUCGGCGAACGGAUAGGCGCGCGCCUGAUCAGCCAUGCGGGGAGCUUGACGAACCUGUCGAAGUACCCUGCCAGCACGGUACAAAUAUUGGGUGCCGAGAAGGCGCUCUUUAGGGCUCUCAAAACAAAGGGUAACACGCCGAAGUACGGUUUGUUGUACCACUCGUCUUUCAUUGGUCGCGCGGGCCCCAAAUUCAAAGGCCGUAUUUCCCGUUUCUUGGCCAACAAAUGUUCAAUAGCAUCUCGUAUAGACUGCUUCAUCGAUACCCCUACACCCAAGUUCGGUGAGGCACUGCGGGAGCAAGUCGAGGAGCGGCUGAACUUCUUCGAGACGGGCGUCCCGCCAUCCAAGAACACUGAUGCCAUCCGCAAGGUUCUCGAUCAGCUCACCUUAGAAGAUGAGGCAGGCUCGGAUGACGAGGACAAGAUGGACGACGAGCCAGUACUCCCCCUCCUCGAGCCGUCUCCUACGAAGAAGGACAGGAAGAAGAAGCGGAAGAGCGACGAUAUGGAUGUCGAUGAGGAUGAGGAUGAGGAGGAGCCCGUGAAGAAGGUGAAGCUGUCGAAAGAGGAGAAGAAAGCGUUGAAGAAGGCCGCCAAGAAGGAGAAGAAGGAGAAAGCCAAGGAAGAUGGAGUGGAGGCAGAGACCGGAGAGAAGAAAUCAAAAAAGGACAAGAAAGAGAAGAAAGAGAAGAAAAAGAGCAAGUCAUGAUAUCUAAUUUGCCUCGCCCUGCGGUCGUUUCUACAGUCGUCGUUGUUGUAUCCAUCACUAUGCUACCUUAUUAUAUAUUGCCAACUUCCCCCUACCA